AUGUUUUUCACGACGUAUGCGAAUAAGAAGUCAUCGAAUUGUGAAAGAUAUAAUAUAAUUGCAUCUGAUUUACAAGUAACUUGGUAUCCUGAUCCCGUUGGCUAUGUUGGAAUGGCCAUGACUUUUACUGUUAAUACGACACUAAAUAAACCGAGCACAUUUAAUACGAAAUUAAUGUUUUCAUUUAAUGGUGAUGAUGGCCGUAUCGUAGGUUUUACCGUACAUCCAGUUGAACCAAACAUAAUCGCUAUUCAAGGUGAUUACGAUGUAAUUGUACCAGCUUUUAUACCUCCUAGUUAUACAGUUUCAGUUUCGGUGGGAGAAACGAGUCAA